AUGUCGCUCGCCUGUAGCACCCUUUCGGUACCAGAAUGCCAUGCCACCCGAAGAAAGCAAGAGGGUGGGAUACUGGCCAGGUUGCCCAAACCUAGACGGAGGAAGUCAAGAGGCAGAGGUCGGGCUCGAACCACGGACCUUCCGGAAACUACUCACAAGGUUGCUGAAAACUCUUCGACAACCCAUGACCGGUUUCGUCCUUCCACUUCGGGCUCAUCAGAUAGGCGAAGUCCCCGAGUUUUCGUCAACCUUAUGUUCU